CUUGGAAAUCUGAGAACGAGGCUUGAGAAGCAUAGCCUCAUUCUAUCUCCCUCCAGAACCAGGAAGAUAAAGAGAGUAGAGAUGAUACCUAGAGCAGAGAAAGCCUGCAGUCGGACCUUCGUGUGCAACUGAUGAAUUUGGGAACCCUUUGCACCAAAAGAAGAGGUACCCUCCACGCACUGCCACACAGGAACUGGUUGUAGGUGAGUCGCCACCAACACUCUCUCUAUCAUGGGGGCAGAGCAGAGCAAUGAACAUGACGUUCGGCAUGGAGAUUCUAACUCUGCGAAUCCCUCCCCAGCCAGACAGAGAGCGAAGAUGGACGACAUUGUGGUGGUGGCUCCAGGGACACAGUCUCACCGGAAUAUCACAAAAGACCCCGAAGUCAUCAAGCUGCAGGAGAUCCCCACCUUCCAGCCCCUCCUUAAAGGUCUUCUGAGCGGUCAGACCUCCCCACCCAACGUACGUCUGGAGCGCCUCGACUCCCCGCAGGUGCUGCAGCUCUGUGUGCGCUACCAAGACCAUCUACACCAGUGCGCUGAGGCAGUGGCCUUCGACCAGAACGCACUGGUGAAACGUAUAAAAGAGAUGGACUCUUCUGUGGACACCCUGUACAGUUACAUGCAGGAACGCCAGAAGCGUUUUGCCAAAUAUGCAGAGCAGAUCCAAAAGGUGAACGAGAUGUCAGCAAUUUUGAGACGGAUUCAAAUGGGGAUUGAUCAGACGGUGCCACUGAUGGAGAAGUUGAACGCUAUGCUGCCUGAGGGCGAGAGGCUGGAGCCCUUCUGCAUGAGUCCAGACAGAGAGCAUAAACCUUAAAGACCUGCAUCUGUUUAUCACACAUUGUGCCAGAGAGAAGCGAGUAAGAUCAUUAAUUGGGCAACAGACAGACCCGAAUUUCAUGCGCUUUAUAGAUCCUCCUAAGAGCCCCAAGUCUGAAGACACAAAGCUUGUUGGGAUGACUCGGAAUCCCAAGCCUGCUCUACUCCUGAGCUAUAUGAACUGCCAGGCUUUAAAAGUGUUGCACAUGUCCCAGGCAGUUGAACUAAACGGUUUUCUAUCAUUUCUGAAACUGUUAGAACUUUUAUUGCAUCCAGGAGACAUCGCUUCUAUCAAAACAGACUGCCUUUUAAAAAAAAAAAAAGUUCUAAUGGGACUGUUGGAGUAUAACUAUUAGAGCUGCCAAUCUCUGGGGGUGUCAUUCAGAUCCUAGGAGCAUAAAAGUAUUGAAGCUGCCAUUGUAAACAUGACUUCAAUAUUCAGUGGGUCACUGAUCUGGAACAAGUAUGCAGAACAGGAGUCCAGACAUAACUGGCUUCAUGCUUGUUCUAGUAAAGUGAUUGGCUAGUUAAUAGAAGCAGCUGAAUGAUGGCACCCUCACAAGCCAAGUGUCAUUACUUGCUGGCAUCUGGGUGGUCUUGUUUUGGGGAAAACCAUUAUUUUUUGCUCCUUGAUUAAAGAGGAUCUUUCCCCAUGCCUGUGAAAAUUAUUAUACUAUAUGCUAGUUAUCCAACGUACUUACAAGCCCAGUGAAUCCUGCAUUGUCCUUUUCUGGUGUCAUGUCUUGCACAUUACAUGUUGCCAUAAACUCAGGAGCUCCCACAUACAUAUGUCAUCUAUGGCCCUGCGGCCUUCUCGGGUGUGUGAUGUAUCUGUGAUGUAGACUGGGUGUGAAAGAAAAGGCUUCAUCAUCAUCCUUGCCUAGGUGGGGAACAAAGAAGUAAAGCAUCUAUAUGGUUUGAGUGGUUGUAUAGCUGUAGGUAGCGAAAGUAUUGUGGAAUCUGCUGCAUUACAUGAGAUAAGAGGGACAAAUAAUUUUUAAGAGACACAGUUAGAUUUUUUGAUUAGAGAUCAUUUGCAUUUUGGAACGUAGUUAAA